GAGUUGGAUGGAGUGACUGAGAAGGCCAAAUGGGGUGAACCAAACCUGAAGGCAUGCAAGCCGGUGAUCACCAUCUCUGAUCUGGACAAUGUCACCGUCACAGCAAGUAAGUCCCUUGUGCAGUCUAAAUACCAGUGACUAGGUUCUGGUGAAAUAACAGUAAUUUGUCAUGUAUUACACUGUACCUACGGCAUACAUGUUCUUCCCUUUCCCUUUGUUUUUCUGUAGUAUUAUAUUCAAAUAUUACAAUAUAUUGUAUUACAUAACAUUGGACUUUGUGUCUUUUCCUCCCAGACAACUCAGCAGACGUGGUGGACAUGAUUGAGGACCUCCUGGGUGUCGAGGGGGACCUGAGUGACUCCCAGCUGGCCACCGUGGUCCAGAAGCUGGAUGAGGUUCUGGGGGUCAGUACAGUGACCCCUGCCCUUGGCGAGGACAUUGUCAGCAUAAUCGCUGACAUCCUGGGGUCCAGUUCUGACCUAUCAGCGGUCGCCAACAAGUAAGGGAAAGGGACAAUGGGGAGAGGGAAUAUGGUUGCAUUACAAGAGUACAUUUGAAUCUUGCCUUGUCUCAUUUUCUUCAUCCUCUGCUGUCCUUUAUGGCAAAUAUGUCACGCACAUUUCCCAUCACGUUCCCAACAGCAUACUGGGUAUCACAGGCAGCGUAGGGGACCAGAUGGAUUUCCCUGAGGAGUCACAAAAUGUGACCGUCCCCUCCCUGGCUCUCUCCAUGAUCAAUGUAGAUCCAGGCCAGUUCCAGGGCCUCACGUUUGGUGUGUCCUCCUUUUCAACUGGCCUUGCUCCAGAGGUAAGACAGUAAUAACACUCUAUUUUCUGGUCAGGCACCUACUGGAUUUGACAUGCAGUGGCUAUCACAGCUGACAGAGAUACAGUGUCUAUACUCCAGCAGUGCCUUGCAAAAGUAUUCAUCCCCCUUGGCGUUUUUCCUAUUUUGUUGCAUUACAACCUGUAAUUUAAAUGAAUUUUUAUUUGGAUUUCAUGUAAUGGACAUACACAAAAUAGUCCAAAUUGGUGAAGUGAAAUGAAAAAAAUUACUUGUUAAAAAGAAUUCUAAAAUAUAAAUAACGGAAAAGUGGUGCGUGCAUAUGUAUUCACCCCCUUUGCUAUGAAGCCCCUAAAUAAGAUCUGGUGCAACCAAUUACCUUCAGAAGUCACAUAAUUAGUUAAAUAAAGUCCACCUGUGUGCAAUCUAAGUGUCACUAGAUCUGUCACAUGAUCUCAGUAUAUAUACACCUGUUCUGAAAGGCCCCAGAGUCUGCAACACCACUAAGCAAGCGGCACCAUGAAGACCAAGGAUCUCUCCAAACAGGUCAGGGACAAAGUUGUGGAGAAGUACAGAUCAGGGUUGGGUAAUAAAAAAAUAUCCGAAACUUUGAACAUCCCACGGAGCACCAUUAAAUCCAUUAUUAAAAAAUGGAAAGAAUAUGACACCACAACAAACCUGCCAAGAGAGGGCUGCCCACCAAAACUCUCAGACCAGGCAAGGAGGGCAUUAAUCAGAGAGGCAACAAAGAGACCAAAGAUAACCCUGAAGGAGCUGCAAAGAUCCACAGCGGAGAUUGGAGUAUCUGUCCAUAGGACCACUUUAAGACGUACACUCCACAGAGCUGGGCUUUAAGGAAGAGUGGCCAGAAAAAAGCCAUUGCUUAAAGAAAGAAAUAAGCAAACACAUUUGGUGUUCGCCAAAAGGCAUGUGGGAGACUCCCCAAACACAUGGAAGAAGGUACUCUAGUCAGAUGAGACUAAAAUUGAGCUUUUUCAUUUUUCAUCAGCAGGGACUGGGAAACUGGUCAGAAUUGAAGGAAUGAUGGAUGGCGCUAAAUACAGGGAAAUUCUUGAGGGAAACCUGUUUCAGUCUUCCAGAGAUUUGAGACUGGGUUCACCUUCCAGCAGGACAAUGACCCUAAGCAUACUGUUAAAUUAACACUCGAGUGGUUUAAGGGGAAACAUUUAAAUGUCUUGGAAUGGCCUAGUCAAAGCCCAGACCUCAAUCCAAUUGAGAAUCUGUGGUAUGACUUAAAGAUUGCUGUACACCAGCGGAACCCAUCCAAGUUGAAGGAGCUGGAGCAGUUUUGCCUUGAAGAAUGGGCAAAAAUCCCAGUGGCUAGAUGUGCCAAGCUUAUAGAGACAUACCCCAAGAGACUUGCAGCUGUAAUUGCUGCAAAAGGUGGCUCUACAAAGUAUUGACUUUGGGGGUGGGGGGUGAAUAGUUAUGCAUGCUCAAGUUUAUUUCUUGUUUGUUUCACCCCCAAAAAUAUUUUGCAUCUUCAAAGUGGUAGGCAUGUUGUGUAAAUCAAAUGAUACAAACCCUCCCCCAAAAUCAACUUUAAUUCCAGGUUGUAAGGCAACAAAAUAGGAAAAAUGCCAAGGGGGGUGAAUACUUUCGCAAGACACUGUACCUGUCCUGUCAAUAUAAAUGUCAGAUCAUUUUUUGCUCGAGUCCUUCCUUACUGAAAAUCAAUUGCGUGAAACACUGGACUGUUUUUACUCCAUUCAAAUGAGGGCAUGGCCUUGAAUGAACAGAGAAAUGUAGGACACAUGCAGAGGUUAUUGUGAAACAGUUAAAGGUUUCUCGGAAUGACUCUAGCCUGUAGCAUUAAUUUCUAGUUAACCUUCAAUGUGGAAAAACAGCACAUGAUUUAUACACAGGGAGAAAAAGGUGUAGAUUCACGUGCAGAGCGCGGCAGGUGUUUAUUUCGCCUUCGCAGAAGGCAGGAAUUUUGGUCACAGGCUGGCAAUGGUCAUACACAGGUAGGCAAACAGGCAGGUGAAUCAAAAACGAGGACUGAAGGCUAUAACUGGUUCUCAGAAACGAGCUAGGAAAAGGCUUAGUAGAGUCAAAAUGAACAAUACCUCACAAGGCACAAACAGAAUGAAUUGAACUAAAUAAGGAGCUGAUGAGACCAGGUGAGUAACUAACACAGGUGAAAUCAAUGAACAGAAAUGAAAGACAGGGCUACGUUCAAGAACACAAAGAAACAGGACUACGUUCAAGAACACAAGGUGAACUAAGAAAAUAAAUACAGAACCUUACAGUUUUACAAUAACAGUGUUUAUUCCAACACGUGUCCAGUGUUUUCACUGUGGUGUAAUGACCAAUUACAGUUAUAUAUGACGACUUGAAUAAAUAAUUAUACAUACGUUUUGAUUAUUUCAAAUCAAAUCAAAGUUUAUUGGUCGCGUACACAGUUUAGCAGGUGUUAUAGUGGGUGCAGCGAAAUGCUUAUUUUACUACAUCCUAACAAUGCAUUAAAAAGUAAUGUAAGGGGAAAAAAAGACAAGAAAUCAAGAACGGCGGGAUAAAUCUGAUUAAAAACCCAAAUGCAAUCUAUACGUACUGUAUAACGUUAUACACCGGGAGAAUUUACACAAGAUCAGCUUAGAAAGAUAUGUACAGCAGUAGAAUAAUAUGUCAAGGAUCCAGUGUAUAAAUAAAUAUGGGCAGCAGGUAGCUUAGUAGUUAAGAGCGUUGUGCCAGUAACCGAAAGGUCGCUGGUUCUAAUCCCUGAGCCGACUAAGUGAAAAGUCUGUCGGUGCCCUUGAGCAAGGCACUUAACCCUAAUUGCUCCUGUGAGUCACUCUGGAUAAGAGCGUCUGCUAAAUGACUAAAAUGUAGUGUGUUUAAACAGUAUAACUAAAAUACAAUGUACAGUAGUAGAAAUAUUAUGAUGAGCUACGUUGGGGAUACAGUAUUUAAAUACACAGUGUGAAACAGGAAGUGACCAGUGGUUCAAUGUCUCUAUAGCAUGGGACAGCAGUGUUGGCUGUGUGUGUGUGUAAGUGAGUGUGCAUCACCUGGUAAGUAUAUGUACACCUCUUUCUGUUGUAGAUCUUUGUCAACCAGACAUUCAUGAGUCAGCCUUCCGACGGCAGAGUGGUGUCCAUCUCUCUACCCCAUGCCCUUCAGAACUUCUUCCCCGAGGAAAACAAAAAAAAGAGAGUUCAGUUCCACUUCUAUGGCAUACAGGAGCUCUUCAGGGUGAUGCCAUCUACAACAUAUGAGGUGUAUAAUUAUUUUGGUUAAUUAAUAAUUAAUAAGGAAGGAUACUACAGGUGUUUAAUGGUUUUCUUAUUUUAAAUGAAAACUUGCAGCAAAUGUACAAUCAUUCAGUGUUAAAGUUUUAUGAUCAUUCACAGGACCCAAAGACCAACUGGACGCUGAAUAGUUACGUGGUGUCUGCCAGUGUCAACAACAGCAAUGUCAGCAACCUAAGGAAUCCCGUGGUGGUGACACUUAGUCACCUCAAGCCGAAAGAGGUGAGGAAUGAAAAAUAGCUUCAUUUUACCACUGAGCGUAGUAAUGUUUCUGCUUUAGCGCCUGACUAGCUACAUCCUUUGCUUCCCCAACAGAAAAACGACAAGGUGGCGUGUGUGCAUUGGGACUUCCAGAAGAACAAUGGGAGUGGUGGGUGGGACAGCAACGGCUGUGAGACACUACCAAGCAUCACCGCUUAUCAGACCACCUGCCACUGUUACCACCUGACCCAUUUUGGCGUGCUCCUGGUGAGUCGUCUUUGUUCAAAUCACAUAACUGCAUUAGUACAGUGCAUCUGGACUGAUAUAUUAUGCUCCUUUUGACCUUUGACCUCUGUGGUGUCCUACAGGAUGUGUCAAGGACUCCUAUCAGUGAGGCUGACCAGCAGACACUGAUGGUCAUCUCCUACCUGGGCUGUGGUGUGUCCUCCAUCUUCCUGGGCAUCAGCCUGCUCACCUACAUGGUCUUUGAGUAAGUCAGCAUCCAGACAUAUAGACAUAUAGAAUAUUGUUCUCUAUUUUUCUGUAUCCCUUCACAUCUCUCCCCCUUUUCUCUCUGUAUUAUCUAAUCUCCUCCUGUACUUCAUCUGCCACUCUCACCAUUCCUCUCAUUCUCACUCUCUUUCCACUCAUCUCCCAAUUUCUCACCCUGUGCCUCUAUCUCUAUCUCUCACACACUUUCUCCUUUCCACUGUCACAGGAAGCUGCGUCGAGACUAUCCGUCUAAGAUCCUCAUCAACCUCACUGUGGCUCUGCUGGGCCUCAACCUGGUUUUCCUGCUGGACUCCUGGCUGUCCUCCUUCGGCUGCUACGGCCUCUGCAUCACCACGGCAGCCACGCUGCACUACUUCCUGUUAGCCUCAUUCACCUGGAUGGGCCUGGAGGCCGUCCACAUGUACUUCGCUCUGGUCAAGGUCUUCAACGUUUACAUCCCCUCCUACAUCCUCAAGUUCUGCGCCCUCGGCUGGGGUAAGCCAAGGCAGUCUGAGGCAAAAUAAGGACACUUGUAAUAACAUCUUUAAAGUAACUGUCCAAUUAAAAUCUUUUAAAAGCUCAUAAUCUGUUAACUCAUACCCAAAUAAUGUCGUUGACUCGUCCUAUACUUGUAUUUGUGGCCAAAUCAAAAAUUUGAGAAAAAACUCUUAAAAACCCCAACUCAAACCGUUUACAAAAUGCUUGCUAUUUCCUCAGAGAGGAUGAUGUCAUGUUUUUGGCUGAGAUGUCUCAUUGGCUGAGCUGGCCAAUCAGCUGUUUACUUGUCAUUAAUAUUUUUAUGGCCGAGGAUACAAACACUGAGUUUUCGCCCCCGCCCCGCACCUCUGGAAAUGUCUUUCUCAAAACUAAGAAUCCGAAUCACGUUCUGCGCAUGUGUUAUUUUACAAACACAUUGAAGUUUCUCUCUUUACACUAUGCUUUACUCAGCCUCUUCUGAACCCUCAACCAAUUUGAGCGAAUGAUAAUGUAGCCUCAUAUUUCUGAACAGCUGAAAUAAAAACUUGGUGGUGAUUGGAACGAACAUUCCAAAAAUAUAUACAUUGCCUUCAGAAAGUAUUCAUACCCCUUGACUUUUUUCACAUUUUGUUUUGUUACAGCCUGAAUUUAAAAUUGAGAUUUUUUUUAGAAAUGAUUACAAAUUAAUACAAAAUGAAAAGCUGAAAUGUCUUCAGUCAAUAAGUAUUCAACCCCUUUGUUAUGGAAAGACAAAAUAAGUUCAGGAGUAACAAUUUGCUUAACAAGUAACCUAAUGAGUUGCAUGGACUCACUCUGUGUGCAAUAAAAGUGUUUAACAGGAUUUUUUUAUGACUUCCUCAUCUCUGUACCCCACACAUACAAUUAUCUGUAAGGUCCCUCAGUCGAGCAGUGAUUUCAAACACAGAUUCAACCACAAAGACCAGGGAGGUUUUCCAAUGCCUUGUAAAGAAGGGUAUCUAUUGGUAGAUUGGUAAAAAUAAAAAAGCAGACAUUGAAUAUCCCUUUGAGCAUGGUGAAGUUAUUAAUGACACUUUGGAUGGUCUAUCAAUACACCCAGUCACUACAAAGAUACAAGCGUCAUACCUAACUUAGUUGCCAGAGAGGAAGGAAACUGCUCAGGGUUUCACCAUGAGGCCAAUGGUGACUUUAAAACAGUUACAGAGUUUAAUGGCUAUGACAGGAGAAAACUCAGGAUGGAUCAACAACAUUGUAGUUACUCCACAAUACUAACCUAAAUGACAGAGUGAAAAGUAGGAAGCCUUUACAGAAUAAAAAUAUUCUAAAACACGCAUCCUGUUUGAAAUAAGUCUAAAGUAAGGCUAAAGUAAAACUGUGAAACAUUUGGCAAAGAAAUUAACUUUAUGUCCUGAAUACAACGUGCUGUUUGGGGCAAAUCCAACACAACCCAUCACUGAGUACCACUCUUGAUAUUUUCAAGCAUGGUGGUGGCUGCAUCAUGUUAGGGGUAUGCUUGUCAUCGGAAAGAAUGAGGGAGUUUUUUAGGAUACAAAUAAAUGGAAUAGAGCUAAGCAAAGGCAAAAUCCUAGAGGAAAACCUGGUUCAGUCUGCUUUCCAACAGACACUGGGAGAGAAAUUCACAUUUCAGCAGGACAAUAACCAAAAAAACAAGGCCAAAUAUACUCUGAAGUUGCUUACAAAGACAACGUCGAAUGUUCCUGAGUGGCCGAGUUACAGUUUUGACAUAAAUUGGCUUGAAAAUGGCUUUCUAGCAAUGAUCAACAACCAACUUGACAGAGCUUGAAGAAUUUUAAAAAGAAUAAUGUGCAUAUAUCAGAGUUUUGUGUGAUGAUGUAAUCUUUAUAGUAAUGCUGCCAUAUAGCCAGAGUUGCUGAAAAAAGAACUCUACCUCCCAAUAGCAAUGUCUGCACAUUAAAUUGCUAUUGGCUGCCUCUCUGUGUCUUGAUUGUUGAUAUGCUGUGUAUAUACACUACCAGUCAAGAGUUUGGACACACCUACUCAUUCAAGGGUUUUUCUUUAUUUUGAUAAUUUUUUACAUUGUAGAAGAAUAGUGAAGACAUCAAACCUAUUAAAUAACACAUAUGGAAUCAUGUAGUAACCCAAAAAGUGUUAAACAAUGUCACGCCCUGACUCAGGGGACGUUUAUUUGUUGAGUCAGGGUGUGCAUAUUCCGUGUUAUGUUAAGUUUCUAUGGUGUAGAUUCUAGAAUGUGUAGAUCUAUGUUGGCCGGGGUGGUUCCCAAUCAGAGGCAGCUGUAGCUCGUUGUCUCUGAUUGGGGACCAUACUUAGGCAGCCGUUUGGCACCAGUCUGUGUGGGAUCUUGUUCUGUAUAGGUUUGUUUGGUGUAACCUUAAGACUUCACGUAUCGUUUGUUUGUUGUUUUGUUGUGUGUCUAAUCGUUUAAUAAAAUGUACGCUUAUCACGCUGCGCCUUGGUUCGACCAGUCUGUAUACGAUCGUGACAGAAGAUCCCACCAAAUGAGGACCAAGCAGCGUGUCCAGGAGCAGACAGCCUGGACCUGGGAGGAGAUCCUGGACGGGAAGGGAUCCUGGACUUGGGAGGAGAUUCAGGCCGGAAUGGAUCGCCGUCCUUGGGAGGAGACAGUGGAGGCGCGCUAUAGAGAGGAGCAGCGGCAACGCAGAAGGUGCCGGCCAAAAAUUGGGGGGAGCUAAAAGGGUGGUUGGCGGAGCCUAGUGUUAGAGCAGAGCCAACUCCCCGUACUCAUGCAAGGAAGCGUGUGACUGGGCAGGCUCCGUGUUAUGCGGAGCUACGUACUGUGCCGCGAGUGUUCCGGCACAGUCCUGUACGUCCUGUGCUGGCACCACGCACGUGUCGUGCGAAGAUGGGCAUUCAGCCAGGACGGGGUGUGCCGGCUCAACGCUCGUGGUCUCCAGUACGCCUCCUCGGUCCUGUAUAUCCUGCGCCGGUGCUACGUACUGUAUCGCCAGUACGCGUGCACAGCCCCGUACGUCCUGUGCUAAUGCCUCACACAUAUUGUGUGGAAGUAGGCAUCCAGCCAGGACGGGUUGUGUCAGCUCUCCGCUCCAGACCUCCAGUCCGCCUCCACAGUCCGGUACGGCCCGUUCCUGCUCCCCGCACUAAGCCAGUGGUGCGUGUUCCCAGUCCGGCCCGGCCCGUUCCUGCUCCCCGCACCAAGCCAGUGGUGCGUGUUCCCAGUCCGGCCCGGCCCGUUCCUGCUCCCCGCACCAAGACAGUGGUGCGUGUUCACGGCCCGGUCCGGCCUGUUCCUGUCCCUCGCACCAAGCCAGUGGUGCGCGUCGCCAGCCCGGUCCGGCCUGUUCCUGUCCCUCGCACCAAGCCAGUGGUGCGCGUCGCCAGCCCGGUCCGGCCUGUUCCUGUCCCUCGCGCCAAGCCAGUGGUGUGCGUCGCCAGCCCGGUUCGGCCUGUUCCUGUCCCUCGCACCAAGCCAGUGGUGCGCGUCGCCAGCCCGGUCCGGCCUGUUCCUGUCCCUCGCGCCAAGCCAGUGGUGCGCGUCGCCAGCCCGGUCCGGCCUGUUCCUGUCCCUCGCACCAAGCCAGUGGUGCGCGUCGCCAGCCCGGUCCGGCCUGUUCCAGCCCCUCGCACCAAGCCAGUGGUGCGCGUCGACAGUCCGGUACGGCCCGUUCCUGCUCCCCGCACCAAGCCAGUGGUGCGCGUCGUCAGCCCGGUCCGGCCCGUUCCUGCUCCCCGCACCAAACCAGUGGUGCGCGUCGUCAGCCCGGUCCGGCCCGUACCUGCUCCCCGCACCAAGCCAGUGGUGCGUGUGUCCAGUCCGGCACGGCCCGUGCCUGUUCCACCGGUGCCUGGUCCGGCACCGGUCAGCCGCUCCACUCCGGAGCCAGAGAAGUCCGCUCCACCGGUGCCCAGGCCAGCUCCGGUCAGCGGCUCCAGUCCGGAGCCUGUGCAGUUCGAUCCACCGUCGUCGGGUCCAGCUCCAGUCAGCGGUGCCAGUCCAGACCCAGACGUCAGGCCCUCUCCAGGUUCGGGGUCUCCCACACCAGGGUCCAGACAGGACUUGGUACGUCGUGGGAGGAAGGAGAGGGGAAGCAGCGCGCCGAGGUCCAGACCAGGGGCGCAACAGGGAGGUGGAGAGAAAGUGGUGGUCACGCCCGGAGCCGGAUCCGCCUCCGAGGCGGAAUGCCCACCCGGCCCCUACCCUGUUAUGUUUAUGUGGCGCGGUCGGAGUCCGCACCUUUGGGGGGGGGGUACUGUCACGCCCUGACUCAGGGGACGUUUAUUUGUUGAGUCAGGGUGUGCAUAUUCCGUGUUAUGUUAAGUUUUCUAUGUUUAGUGUCUAGAUCGUGUAGAUCUAUGUUGGCCAGGGUGGUUCCCAAUCAGAGGCAGCUGUAGCUCGUUGUCUCUGAUUGGGGACCAUACUUAGGCAGCCGUUUGGCACCAGUCUGUGUGGGAUCUUGAUCUGUAUAGGUUUGUUUGGUGUAACCUUAAGACUUCACGUAUCGUUUGUUUGUUGUUUUGUCGUGUGUCUAAUCGUUUAAUAAAAUGUACGCUUAUCACGCUGCGCCUUGGUUCGACCAGUCUGUAUACGAUCGAGACAAACAAAUACAAAUAUAUUUGAGAUUUGAGAUUCUUCAAAUAGCCACCCUUUACCAUCAUGACAGCUUUGCACACUCUUGGCAUUCUCUCAACCAGCUUCAUGAGGUAGUCACCUGGAAUGCAUUUCAAUUAACAGGUGUGCCUUCUUAAAAGUUAAUUUGUGGAAUUUCUUUCCUUCUUAAUGCAUUUGAGCCAAUCAGUUGUGUUGUGACAAGGUAGGGGGGGGGGGGGGGGUAUAUAGAAGAUAGCCCUGUUUGGUAAAAGACCAAGUCCAUAUUAUGGCAAGAACAGCUCAAAUAAGCAAAGAGAAAUGACAGUCCAUUAUUACUUUAAGACAUGAAGGUCAGUUAAUACGGAACAUUUCAAGAACUUUGAAAGUUUCUUCAAGUGCAGUCACAAAAACCAUCAAGCGCUAUCAAGUCACAGACACAUCUCAACAUCAACUGUUCAGAGGGGACUGUGUGAAUCUGUCACGACUUCCGCCGAGGCUGCCUCCCCUCCUUGUUCGGGCAGGCUUCGGCGUUCAUCGUCACCGGCUUACUAGCCACUGCCGCUCCAUAUAUCAUCAUUCCAUUUGUCUUGUCUUGUCAAUUACACACACCUGGUUCAUAUCCCCUCAUUAGUCCAUGUAUAAGUGUUCCCUCUGCCCCCCUUGUCCUUGUGGGUGAUUGUUUUAUGUGAGUUGAGUGUAGCUCGGUGGAGCUACCCGUACCUUGUAUUGCCGGGGUAGAUUAUUCCCCUGUGCCUAUAUUUUGUUGUCGCUAUCCAGCGCAACUGUGUACGACGGAAUAAACUCUGUAUUCAGUGAUUCACCCUCCUGCGCCUGACUCCUUCUAAUCACACUCAUCACAGAAUCAAGCCUUCAUGGUUGAAUUGCUGCAAAGAAACCACUACUAAAGGACACCAAUAAGAAGAAGAGACCUGCUUGGGCCAAGAAACACAAGCAAUGAACAUUAGGCAGGUGGAAAUGUGUCCUUUAGUCUGGAGACCAAAUUUGAGAUUUUUGGUUCCAACCGCCUUGUCUUUGUGAGAUGCGGUGUGGGUGAACGGAUGAUCUCUGCAUGUGUAGUUCCCACCGUAAAGCAUGGAGGAGGAGGUGCAUGGCUACCACAGCAUUCUGCAGCCUCCACAAUCCCCCGACCUCAACCCAAUUGAGAUUGUUUGGGAUGAGUCGGACGGCAGAGUGAAGGAAAAGCAGCCAACAAGUGCUAAGAAUAUGUGGGAACUCCUUCAAGACUGUUGGAAAAGCAUUCCAGGUGAAGCUGGUUGAGAGAAUGCCAAGAGUGUGCAAAGCUGUCAUCAAGGCAAAGGGUGACUAUUUAAAGAAUCUCAAAUAUAAAAUAUAUUUUGAUUUGUUUAACACUUUUCUGGUUACUUCAUGAUUCCAUAUGUGUUUUUUCAUAGUUUUGAUGUCUUCACUAUUAUUCUACAAUGUAGAAAAUAGUAAAAAUAAAGAAAAACCCUUGAAUGAGUCAGUGUGUCCAAACUUUUGACUGCUACUGUGUAUAUAUAUAUACAGUGCAUUGAGAAAUUAUUCAGACCUCUUGAUAUUUUCCACAUUUUGUUACAUUACAGCCUUAUUCUAAAAUGGAUCUUAAAAAAAAAAAAAAAAAAAUCUACACACAAUACCCCAUAAUGACAAAGCAAAAACAUGUUUUUAGAUUGUUUUGCAAAUGUAUUAAAAAUAAAACGGAAAUAUCACAUUUUCAUACGUUUUCAGACCUUUUACUCAGACCCUUUACUUUGUUGAAGCACCUUUGGCAGCGAUUACAGCCUCAAGUCUUCUUGGGUAUGAUGCUACAAGCUUGGCACACCUGUAUUUAGGGAGUUUCUCCCAUUCUUCUCUGCAGAUCCUCUCAAUCUCUGUCAGGUUGGAUGGGGAGCGUCGCUGCACAGCUAUUUUCAGGUCUCUCCAGAGAUGUUCGAUCGGGUUCAAGUCUGGGCUCUGGCUGGGCCACUCAAGGACAUUCAGAGACUUGUCCCGAAGCCACUCCUGCGUUGAAUUGGCUGUGUGCUUAGGGUUGUUGUCCUGUUGGAAGGUGAACCUUCGCCCCAGUCAGAGGUCCUGAGCGCUCUGGAGCAGGUUUUCAUCAAGGAUCUCUCUGUACUUUGCUCAAUUCAUCUUUCCCUCGAUCCUGACUAGUCUCCCAGUCCCUGACGCUGAAAAACAUCCCACAGCAUGAUGCUGCCACCACAAUGCUUCAGCAUAGGGAUGGUGCCAGGUUUCCUCCAGACGUGACGCUUGGUAUUCAGGCCUAAGAGUUCAAUCUUGGUUUCAUUAGACCAGAGAAUCUUGUUUCUCAUGGUCUGAGAGUUCUUUAGGUGCCUUUUGGCAAACUCCAAGCGGGCUGUCGUGUGCCUUUUACUGAGGAGUGGCUUCCAUCUGACCACUCUACCAUAAAGGCCUGAUUUAGUGGAGUGCUGCAGAGAUGGUUUUCCUUCUGGAAGGUUCUCACAUCUCCACAGAGGAACUCUGGAGCUCUGUCAGAGUGACCAUCGGGUUCUUAGUCACCUCCCUGACCAAGGCCCUUCUCCCCUGAUUGCUCAGCCAGCUCUAGGAAGAGUCUUGGUUGUUCCAAACUUCUUCCAUUUAAGAAUGAUGGAGGCCACUGUGUUCUUGGGGACCUUCAAUGCUGCAGACAUUUUAUAGGACCCUCCCCCAGAUCUGUGCCUGUCUCUGAGCUCUACGGACAAUUUCUUCGACCUCAUGGCUUGGUUUUUGCUCUCACUUGCACUGUCAACUGUGGGACCUUAUAUAGACAGGUGUGUGCCUUUCCAAAUCAUAUCCAAUCAAUUGAAUUUACCACAGGUGGACUCCUAUCAAGUUGUAGACAUCUCAAGAAUGAUCAAUGGAACAUUUCUAAAAACCUGUUUUUGCUUUGUCAUUAUGUGGUAUUGUGUGUAGAUUGAUGAGGAAAUAAUGUAAUCAAUUUUAGAUUAAGGCUGUAAUGUAACAAAAAGUGGAAAAAGUCAAGGGGUCUGAAUACUUUCCGAAUGCACUGUAUAUAUUAUAGCUUGCCUAAAUAGCUGCAUAACAUGAAUAACAUGAAAUCGCUAGAGUGCCUGUUGUUUCGUGCUUAUGUUUGCUUUGAUUACUACAAACAACUACGUUUGUUCGAACAAGCGGCAGUGAGUGAGCACUAAGCAGCAGCUGAAAGGACUCGGAGGGGGAAGAGCGCAGCGGAUCCUGCACAUGCGCAGAAAUCUCUUUAUCUUUAGUCCAAAACGUCUAGGUUCCAGAAAACCUAGAACCGCAGCCACUCCAUAUUUUUAUUCACCGGUAUAUGCCCACACCAUUUUGGUUUUGGGGUACGCCCACACCAUUCAAACACAGAAAAGCUGCUUUUUAACAUACUUAUUAUUGGUCCCCAGCAAAAAUCGGCUUUCUAUGUAUCUCUUUAUCCAGCCCUUAUAUUUAGCUUCACAAUGAAGUGUUUUAACAUUUUAUUUUCAGGACAACCAGGUCUACAAUUAGAACACACAACUAUUUGAAAUAAACAGUUGCAUUCAUGAGUUUUAUUGACAAAUGUCAACAACAAAAAAUAUGUUUGGCCAAAGAAAAUACCUGAUAAAAUGAAUUUAUAUGAAUGCUGUAAGUACAGAAAUUGUUUGCUAAUUGGGAAAUGAAUAUCCAACUAGUCAGUGACAACUGUGUGGAGUUUGGAGUUUGUGACAGCAACUAUGUGAGCUUAUUAAAGUGUUAUAGACACUAUGUCCUGAGAUUUCCUAUGAUCUUCUAUGUAGAAGAACCCCUUACCUUCUUACGACUCUUGUGUAGCUUGUGAGCAUCAUAGAAUAUGGGCAUGUUCAUAAGAGUCUCAGCUUUUCAUAGAUAUCUUUUAAUAGUUUGUAGUUCAAACGAUUCGGACUCUACAGAUGUUUUUGUAGACCCGGCCCCAGUCCCCUUCGGGAUCAGCCCUUACAAACACCACUCUAGCUCAGCCCCCAUUAAUCACACCGACUACUGGUUGGUAUUAAUGGAUGUAGAAGAAAUAGACGAGUUGAAUGGUGCAACCCAUAUUGUCAAUCAUAUUGCAAUUAAUUAAUAGAAAUCUGGAAACACUGAACAUCAGUCUAUCAGUCAAAUCAAGGUAAGUUAAAGUUAUUUAAUUUCAUUUUGAGUGCUUUUAUAUUGUAGUCAGUGAUUGAAUCCUUCACACUGAUCCUGUUUGACGCAAGGGAAUAGAAUGAAGAAGUAAAGUUCUCUGUCUCCACACAGGCAUUCCUCUGGUGAUAGUCAGCCUGGUCCUGGCCAUAGAGAAGGAUGCCUAUGGCAGUGUUCUAUCUGAGGCCUCCCUUGACUCUCUACAGGGCUCUGAGCCAUUGUGAGUAUGCAGCAUGGCCAGUUGACCACUGUUACUGAUACAUGUGAUUAAUCACAUUUCUCUCUCCCCCUCCCUCUUCCUCCUGUUCUCAGCUGUUGGAUGCAGAGUAACGUUUUCUUCUACAUCACCGUCAUGGCGUUCGUGCUACUGGUCCUGGUCUUUAACAUGGUCGUGUUCAUCGUGGUUCUGGUCCAGAUCCGACACAUGCAGACCAAUAAGCCUACAGCUACAGUAAACAAGCGCAGUGCCAUGUAUGAUCUGAGGGCGGUGGCCAGUUUCACCUUCCUAUUGGGUCUCACCUGGCCAAUAGCCUUCUUUACCUGGGGACCGGCCAGGGUACCUAUGCUCUACCUCUUCUCAGUCCUCAACAGUCUGCAAGGUAAGGGGACCAAUAUACUGUUGUCUACUGUACAAUAAGGUAAGGGGACCAAUAUACUGUUGUCUACUGUACAAUAGAGAGAGAGAGAGAGAGAGAGAGAGAGAGAGAGAGAGAGAGAGAGAGAGAGAGAGAGAGAGAGAGAGAGAGAGAGAGAGAGAGACCCCAUUAUCUCCUCUCCGUCUGUGUUUCAGGGUUCUUUAUCUUUGUGUUCCACUGCUUGAUGAAAGAGAAUGUGAGGAAGCAGUGGAUCCAUCUGUGCUGUGGCCGAUUCAGGCUCAAUGACUACUCAGGUACAGUCGAGGGACCUCCAAGCAGUCUAUCUGAUAUUUCAUUAGCCCCAGGUGGUUUAUAGAGAGUGUUCCUGAGGUUGCUUCAUUUCUACCUUUGACCCUGUUUAGAUUGGAGCCGCUCCGUGACAGUCGGCGGCAAGACCAAGCAAAACCAGCUGGUGCACCGCUCUCCGUCUGUCAAGUCUGACAACACCUCCUCUAGGAAGAUCUCUGAUGACUCCACUACAGCUAGCUGUAGCUCUGCCCCACCCUACCACCAGGGGGCC